AUCGUAAACAUGACCUUACUAGAUGCAGUGAUCAAAGCACAAAUUAAUGGUAGCGUACACAAAACAUCUCCACCGCCAGAGAUUAGUGAAAUUAUAAAGAUCCAGAGAAAGCGAAAAAAAAAUAAGAAUAAGUAUACAACGAAAUCCAAAGUAGAUACAAAACCUUAUGCAUACGACCCCAGCAGACUUUAUCGUAACCUCCCACAAUGGAUAUCCGACAUUCGAAAUUUGUAUACGGAAAAUGCCAAAAUGGUACUUACAAUACAUAAUGCUCUUCAAACUGGUAAGGUUGAUUCACGUUGGGAAAAGCAACUACCAAGAAAUAAACAAUAUUAUCAGAACAGAUUGGAUUCGUAUAAAAGAAUACAGCGAGACAAUAAGGCUUUGUAUAAACGGAUAAUGACUACUGAGCCACGUCUGACCAAAGCGUCUUCAUUAAACGAAGAGUGGAAAACGACUAAACAAACCAUAAUAGACAUGGCCUCCAAGGAAUUUGUCUUAUUCCCGGUGAAGGAUGAAGAGGUCAUCGAAGAUAAAGCCUUUAUUGCCCCGACUGGAGUCAGAAGACCUCGGGUGUACAUAACACUUGGUAUAAGGAACGCGGCCGCUAUGGGAACAAUAUGUUUGGAAUUAUUUACUGAAGUGUGCCCCAAGACUUGUCAGCUGUUCCUGGAAUUACUGGAUGGAGGAGGCGCCGGCUAUGGAUAUGUGGGCACAAGAUUGUUCAGGAAAAUACCAAAGCUGUACUGCUCUGGUGGUGACGUGGUUUACGACAAUGGGUUUGGUUGCUACGCCCAGCGCGGGAGAUACCGACCCAUAGGGGCGGAAAACUAUCACUUCUCCCAUUCAAUGCCAGGAUUAGUGUCAAUGCCUGUAACAGUUAAUGAUGAAGUUUGCGGUACCUUCAACAUCACAUUCAAGCCAUUGCCCCAACUUGAUUUGCGGAACGUUAUUAUCGGAAGAGUCGUUCGCCCGUGCAAUACUUUCGAAGCCCUAAGAACCUUGGGGUCUCCGUUGAGCACCCAACCAAUCGUUGAGAUAGUCUCUGCCAAAAGAUGGGACGGUAAAUGGAUUCACGGCGCAAAAAAUACUAAGAUAAAUCCCGAGACUCUUAAGCAUUUAUUUGGAUAAAUAUACAGUAUUUAU